UCUUGCAUUGAUCAGCUGUGCUGCAAUUACAGCUGCGUAAAUCCGAACAGUCCGGGCGCUGGUCCGCGUAAAACAAAUCCAGCAGGAGGUGAAAUGUCUCUGAAGGCAGACUUUGAGAAGAUUGCUGAGGAUGUGAAGAAGUUGAAGAAGAGACCAACAGACCAGGAGCUGCUGGACCUCUACGGCCUGUACAAACAGUCAGUUGUGGGAGACAUUAACGUCGGUGAGAUGGGACUGACGGACCUUAAAGGAAAAGCCAAGUGGAAAGCCUGGAACUCCAGGAAAGGUAUGUCCACUGAUGACGCCAUGUCAGCCUACAUUGCGCUCGCCAAAGAAUACAUCAGUAAAUACGGGAUGUGAUGUGUCACUUCAAAGUAACUAUAACAGAGUAUCUUAUGGAAAUAUAAAAAACAUAAUCUAAUUAAAUAAAAACAAUGUUGAUGUGUAUGUGGAUAAUGAGUAACUUUUUUCAGUUAGAAUAAAGCGAUUUAUUUUUUUAAUUUGUUGUGAUUUACUUCCUUAACCCUUGUAUGGUGUUUGGAUCUGUGGGAUCCAGUUUUCAAUUUGUACUAUCAGAAAACCUUUCUUAUUGACAAAUUUGUUAAAACUAAACAUGUUAAUGAU